GGGAGCACUUCCGGCUCCACGGAACUCCGGAUGCGCCGUGAGGUUGCCCGCGGGACCCGCCCGGUAGUCUCGGACGCGGCCCCAUGAGCGUGGCGCCCCUGGUGGGCUACAGCAGCAGCGGCUCGGAGGAUGAGGGUGAGGCCGAAGCGGAGGCCGCGUCUGCGGCCACGGGGUGGAUCGGGCCCGGGAAUGGACGGCGCCGUCGAAGCCAGAGCCCCCUGCCCUGUGAGAGGCUUCCAGUACCUGAGAGUGUGCUGAACAUGUUUCCCAGCACAGCGGAAGGGCCUGAGGAUGAUUGUACAAAACAUGGGGGACGGAUUCGCACAUUUCCCCAUGAGCGGGGCAACUGGGCCACCCACAUCUACAUACCAUAUGAAGCUAGGGAAGAAUUCCUGGACCUGCUUGAUGUGUUGCUGUCCCACGCCCAGACCUAUGAGCCCCGGCUGGUAAGGAUGGAGGAAUUCCACCUCAGCCUGUCUCAGAGUGUGGUCCUGCGCCACCACUGGAUCCUCCCCUUUGUACAGGCCCUGAAACACCAUAUGACCUCCUUUCAAAAAUUCUUCUUUACUGCCAACCAAGUAAAGAUUUAUACCAAUCAAGAGAAAACCAGGACCUUUAUUGGGUUUGAGGUUACCUCAGGGCAUGCCCAGUUCCUGGACCUAGUUUCAGAGGUGGACAGAGUCAUGGAAGAGUUCGGCCUUGCCACUUUCUACCAGGACCCUUCAUUCCAUGUCAGUCUGGCCUGGUCCGUGGGUGACGCACAUCUGCAGCUAGAAGGGCAGUGCCUCCAGGAACUACAGGAGAUCGUGGAUGAGUUUGAAGACUCUGAACUGCUGCUGCGAGUGCUAGCUGAACAGAUCCGCUGCAAGUCUGGGAACAAGUUCUUCUCCGUGCCUUUGAAGUGAGCCACAGAUGCUUUCCUGGACUCAGGCCACUCUGCAGGCCAGGCUGCAGCUAGGGGAGCCUAUCAAUACCCGUGGAGAUGCUCCGGCCUUCCUCUAGGAGGCCCCAGCUCCAUUCCUGACUCUUCCUGGGAGCUGGCUAGAGAGAACCUGGUCUCUGGGAUUUACAGGUUGGAUGCUACUGUGUGGCAGUCAUUCCCAGAAAUCACCAGUAGAGGGAAGCCUGGACUUUGUCAUUCUUGCUCUGUGGUAGUGUUACAAAGAAAAAAAUGAGGGUCACUAGGGGAUUCCAUCCACAUCUAGCCAGAACCCCAACUGAAGUCCCUCUAGGCCCACUAACGCAGGCUCUGCCUCAGCUUGCAUUGUGGUUCCAUAGGACUCAGCCAAUUUUUUUUUUUCAAGUCAUCAUACCUUAUGAAGCUAGGACUUAGGGGCUUCAGUGGGACUGUCACCUCGGUGACAGGAGGGAAGGGAAGCAUGGGAAUGGUAAGUUUUAUAGAAGAGCAAGUUAAGUGUACCUUGCCUGGGUUAGGAGAACUCACCUGCUCCAGUGUAGCCCAGACACAGAUCUGGAAGUGUGCCACCACUAUUUAUCUACGUUUGUCUCCCCAUUCUGCACCAGUAGAGGCCAUUUCAGGACUAGGCACCGGGUGCUAACUUGUGGUAGGCAGCAGCUUUCUCCAUUCCUUCCUCCCACUCCCCAGGUGCCUAGGGAGUCUUGAACAGAUGUUUCAUUUUGGCUUGGCCAUGGCUGGAAGCCAGGCCUCCAACACUCUGACCUCUGGCUUCCCCCAUCAACUUUCCCAAAGAGGCAGAGAGGUACCUCCCUGCAAAGUCCUCCACCUGCUGUUUGUGGAAGAGCCUUCUAAGAGGUGCCCAGAGAAUUACUGUUAUCAACGCCUCAAGAGGAUGAGGCCCAGUCCUUACCAGUUAUCAUUUGGGUUUCUGAUGAUGGAUGAAGUUAUUUUUGUUACAGUUUUAAAUUAUGUUAAAAAUUAAAAAAUGCAUUUUUCUCUUUUUUUCUCA